GCUUCGUUGCACGCGACCUGGUGUGUGAUCUCCGAGUGGGUGGGGGAGGGUCGAGGAGGAAAAAAAAUAAGACAUUGCAGUAGAGACCCGGGAAGGGUUUUUUUUUGUUGGGCUGGUUUGCCAGUGCCUCCUCCGACCCGGCGCCUCCGAGCCUCUGCAGUGCAAUGUCCCGCCUGCUGCACGUAGAAGAGUGGGCUGAAGUGAAGGAGUUAGGGGCCCACCAUCGUCAUCCACAGCCGCACCACCUCCCGCAGCCGCCACAGCCACCUGCGACCCUGCAGACGAGAGAGCAUCCCGUCUACCCAGCCGAGCUGUCCCUCCUGGACAGCACCGACCCACGCGCCUGGCUGGCUCCCACCUUGCAGGGCAUCUGCACGGCACGCGCCGCCCAGUACUUGCUGCAUUCCCCCGAGCUGGGUGCCUCCGAGGCCGCGGCGCCCCGGGAGGACGUGGACAGCCGGGGAGAGCUGGUGAGGAGAAGCGGCGGCGGCGGCAGCAAUAGCAAGAGCCCCGGCCCGGUCAAAGUGCGGGAACAGCUGUGCAAGCUGAAAGGCGGGGUGGUGGUAGAUGAGCUGGGCUGCAGCCGCCAGCGCGCCCCUUCCAGCAAACAGGUGAAUGGGGUCCAGAAGCAAAGGCGGCUGGCGGCCAACGCCAGGGAGCGACGCAGGAUGCACGGCCUGAACCACGCCUUCGACCAGCUGCGCAACGUUAUCCCGUCUUUCAACAACGACAAGAAGCUGUCCAAGUACGAGACCCUGCAGAUGGCCCAGAUCUACAUCAACGCCUUGUCCGAGCUGCUACAAACGCCCGGCAGCGGGGAGCAGCCGCCGCCGCCGCCGCCGUCUUGCAAGAGCGAGCACCACCACCUUCGCGCCGCCGCCUCCUAUGAAGGCGGUGCCGGCACCGCGGCAGCAGCAGGGGCACAGCCGGCCUCCGGAGCGGGCCAGCGGCCGACCCAACCCGGAAGUUGCCGGACUCGCUUUUCGGCCCCGGCCGCCGCGGGAGGAUACUCCGUGCAGCUGGACGCUUUGCACUUCUCAGCUUUCGAGGACAGCGCCCUGACGGCGAUGAUGGCGCAAAAGAACCUGUCGCCUUCGCUGUCCGGGGGCAUCCUGCAGCCAGUGCAGGAGGAAAGUAGCAAAACUUCGCCCCGGUCUCACAGAAGCGAUGGGGAGUUUUCCCCCCAUUCCCAUUACAGUGACUCGGAUGAGGCAAGUUAGGAAGGUGACAAACCCUGAAAACAGACAGAAACAAAAUCUCCCUUUUCCAGUGCGCGGGAAGCCCCGCAAGCGGUUCAAGAUCCCCAUACCCUUUUCAUGUUUGCUUGCCUGCGGUCGUUGUUUUUGUAACGACUUGGCUUCAAAUGGCAGCUACAUUUGAUGGUUUGCAAAAGCCGCCGCUAUUCCAAACUUCCUAUUGUCCAAUAUUGUUUGAUGGAAACUUGUGUUCUUCCCUCCCACCUUCUGCUCCCCCUAUAGAUAGGUAAGGUAUAAUUAAGUAUAUGUACCCAUAUAUGGCAUCAUUAUUCUAGUUCCCUGCUGCCAAUAUGCUGCUAAAACAUGGCAUCUUCUCUAUCGCUGGUUUGUGUUUAAUUUAUUCUAUGCCCUGGGCAUCCAUUCCUGUGUGUUGUGCGCACUCACGUGUGGGAGAGUUGGUAUUCCCAAAUUGUUUCCCAAAAUGCAUUAUUAAACUCAAAGUUAAGACAUCCACCGUGAAUAACUUUUGACUAUGGAAUUGUUUGAAAACAGGGAACUUUGAAGUUUAUAUAUUGUAUAAACAUACCCAGUAUGUAUAUCGGAUGGCGAGAAAGUUGGCGUCUUUUAGGAAACUUGGCGCACGCACUUUAUCAGCCGCUGCUGCUACCGGCUCCGGGACAAACUCAACUGCCAAUUGCAGACCAGUUUUGUUUUGUUUUUUUAAAACACGGCCACUUAUAACCCUUAAGCUCUUUGCAAAUGUUUGUUUUAAAAAAUUAAAAUUUAAAAAAACAUAUCCAGUAGUGUCAAAAGCAUUUGGUCAAUUUUAUUUUUGCUUUGUUAAUGUUAGAAAACUUAUUUAUUAUCGAGUGUUUGCUACCAUUUCUACUUAUCUUGAUUUUUUUACGUUUUCUACUUGAGAUCAUUUUAUUUUAAGUUAGCAAAGCCAUUGCCAUUGUUUUAUGUAUUUCCUUUUGAAAAUGAUAAAAAUAAACU